GAUCGCAUGUGGACUGAGAAGUUCACUGUGAGACGGUCAUGUCCGCAGACGAUCCACCUGCCUAAUCACUACCGGCCUAUGCAUCGACAAUGUAUACUCCUCUGGCACACUCCGACGUGGUUCGGGUGUUGACCCUUUACCCCGCCAUUACUCACGGUUCCAAAGUCCAGUGCGAGCUGUUGGCGACCGAAAUAUCCACUUGCCAGGAGCUCGAGCAGUCGUACGUAGCAUUGUCGUAUGUAUGGGGAGACCAGAAAGAUCCUCAGCCAGUUUACGUUAAUGGUCACGAGGUCUUCAUUGGAAGAAACCUUUCCGAAGCACUCCGCCAUCUUCGUCGUCGAGAUCGUCCGAUACGGCUUUGGGCAGACGCGCUAUGUAUCAACCAGAAUGAUAUUGCGGAGCGAAACCACCAAGUUCAUCAAAUGCGCAAUAUAUAUUCCUCCGCUAUGGAGACAGUUAUUUACCUUGGAGAAGACGAUGGAAGCAAUACCACAUCCUCAGCUUGGAACUUUCUAGAAAGACAAAGCGAGUGGGCACUGGACGAAGACGGCAACGAAGACACCCAGCUACCGUCCACUCUGGAGGAGGAUCUUAUAUACUUCAGAGGAGAUGUGGCUGAUGUUGAGCUCAGCGUCCUCAAAAAAGCAUGGUUCUUGCGCGUUUGGGUUCUCCAAGAAGUUGUUGUAUCGAAAAAAGUGUCGAUACAGUGUGGUCGUCGCAGAGUCCCCUGGAACGACUUCUGCAAGCUCAUUUUGCUGAAUCCACGAUACCACGACCGCUAUGGAUACAGCAUGCAAGCCAUCGAGAGAGUUGAUAUUGUUCGCGACAUGUUUCAGGCCCGCUGCGCUUACCAGGAGUCGCAUGAUUUGGUCCAACUUCGACCAUCCUGGCACACCAAGGUCACCAACUAUGGUGGUAGAAGCGCACACAUCAUCGACAUGCUUGCCAGAGCUCGUCAGCUUGAAGCAUCAGACCCCCGGGAUAAAAUCUUUGCUCUUCUAGGGAUUUCAACGAAUGUGGAUCUUGACAAUAGACUGAUGGCUGUGGAUUACGGCAAAUCCAAAGCCGAGGUACAAACUGAUUUGGCCCGCUACAUCAUGGAAGAACAUAAGAGUCUCGACAUACUGAGCUACGUUGAUCACUCGAUCAACGGCUUGUCUUCUUUGCAUGGAUUUGGUCAAGCUGAUGCGCUGCCUUCGUGGGUUCCUGACUGGGAUGCAAGCCAGGCCGCUCGAGGGCAGCGGCUGAUGGCCAUGUAUGCCGCUGAACUCAGUGAGGACUCACUACCUCUUGAUCCCGCUAGCCCCAUCGUUCCAACAAUCUUGAGUUACUUGAGUGAAGAGAAAGAUGAAGAACGUGAAAGACGACGAGACAUAGCCUCCAAGAGCAUGGCAUGGGUCAACGACAACAAGGUCCUCCUGACGAUUGGUUCAGUAAUCGGCACCAUAGUGCACGCCGGGCCUGAUAUCAGGCUUCGGGGAGCCGACGAACUUUCAUUCCAAGCAAUCAGAAAUCAAUGCGACGACCCUACAGAGUUGCGUCGGAAAAUCAUGGCGAGAUGGGCUCGGCUUCUCCUCCAGAAACACAGAAGGAAAUACGUAGGGACCCACGAUGAGUCAAGACUGCCUUCUGGCCCACCUGAAAGUAUGGAAACCGUUCUUCGAUCACUAGGGAAUACUCCGGAUGUGGGAUCCCACACAAUCGAAAGUCACUUGCUCUCUAGAGGGCGACAGACAGCUGCCUGGUCCGGGGAAGGUGAGCAGGUCAUCAACAGAGUCAUUGACAAGACGAGCAUGCUCGAAAAUAAGUCUAUCGGAGCCUACAAUAGAACGAUCGAUCCUCUUUCAGAAUUUCACACAGUUGUGUUACCGCCCGGGGCGAAAAGGAACGAUCUUGUAGUGUCGUUACGUGGGGCGCGAGUGCCAUUUGUUGUUCGGCCGAUGGCCGACAGUCAUGUCGCGAUGGACGUGGAAGAGACUGACCUUUUAUCAUUGCUCCGCUCAGGCUUCGACUUGUUGUGUCUCAAGGACGUAUCAUUUCUCGGUCACUGCAAACUCGUGGGAGAAUGCUUGAUCAAUGGAUAUGAGGACAUCCUCUGUCAAACGGGCAACGAGUGGAAGGCCAUUGCACUUCACUGA